AGGGCGUGCGCGCCUCCGCCUGCUGAAGUCAGCCCAUACAUGCGCGCUCCCGUGCCAUGUAGAGGCGAAUGCGGCGCUGCAAGGAGCAGGCAGACCCCGAGACCUGUGCCCCUCUUUUCAAGACGAAAAUAACAUUUCCUUCGUCCUUAACAAGCGCCACCCGAGGAUUAACAUUCAGCGCUGACGCUGUAUGAUGCAGUGACCGUCUGGUCGGUAGAUGCCUGCAGGCAGUCAAUGUGUGGCGUUCCCGGAGACAGUUUUUUAAGGAGACUUGUUUUGGUGUGACCUGCUGACCACCCUGUGAGCCGGACCCUGCGUCCUAUCUCUGAUCUCCUGCCAGGGAGACGGCAGUUGCUGUACACGCUUCACCUGACCCCCCCACCCCAUCCCCACCGCCACCAUGGUGCUGUCACAGAGGCAACGUGACGAGCUAAACCGAGCGAUAGCUGAUUAUCUUCGUUCCAAUGGAUAUGAAGAGGCCUAUUCAGUUUUCAAAAAGGAGGCGGAACUAGACAUGAAUGAGGAAUUAGAUAAGAAGUAUGCAGGCCUUUUGGAAAAGAAAUGGACCUCAGUCAUCAGAUUGCAGAAAAAGGUGAUGGAAUUAGAAUCGAAACUGAAUGAGGCGAAAGAAGAGAUCACUUUAGGUGGGCCAAUUGGACAGAAGCGAGACCCCAAAGAAUGGAUCCCUCGUCCCCCUGAGAGAUAUGCCCUCAGCGGCCAUAGGAGUCCUGUCACCAAAGUUAUUUUCCAUCCAGUCUUCAGUGUCAUGGUUUCUGCCUCAGAGGACGCAACAAUAAAGGUAUGGGACUAUGAAACAGGGGACUUUGAGCGCACCCUUAAGGGCCACACGGACUCCGUGCAGGACAUCUCCUUUGACCAUACUGGAAAGCUGCUAGCCUCAUGUUCAGCAGACAUGACCAUUAAGCUUUGGGAUUUCCAGGGGUUCGAGUGCAUCAGGACCAUGCAUGGACAUGACCAUAAUGUUUCAUCUGUAGCUAUUAUGCCCAAUGGUGAUCAUAUAGUUUCUGCCUCAAGAGAUAAAACCAUUAAAAUGUGGGAGGUGGCCACUGGGUACUGUGUGAAGACAUUCACCGGCCACAGAGAGUGGGUGCGUAUGGUGCGGCCCAACCAAGACGGGACUCUGAUCGCAAGUAGUUCUAAUGACCAGACGGUGCGUGUUUGGGUGGUUGCAACAAAAGAAUGCAAGGCAGAGCUAAGGGAGCAUGAGCAUGUGGUGGAGUGCAUUGCAUGGGCUCCUGAAAGCGCCCAUCCCACUAUCUUGGAGGCCACCGGCUCUGAGACCAAGAAAAGUGGGAAACCUGGACCUUUCCUGCUGUCUGGUUCUCGAGACAAGACCAUUAAGAUGUGGGACGUGAGCACUGGCAUGUGUCUUAUGACCCUGGUUGGCCACGAUAACUGGGUGCGCGGAGUACUUGUGCACCCUGGAGGGAAGUUCAUUGUGAGCUGCGCUGAUGACAAAACUUUAAGGAUCUGGGACUACAAAAACAAGCGGUGCAUGAAGACCUUGAGUGCCCAUGAACAUUUUGUUACCUCUCUGGAUUUCCACAAGACUGCUCCAUAUGUUGUCACUGGAAGCGUAGAUCAAACAGUAAAAGUGUGGGAGUGUCGCUGAUCGAACCUGCAGGACCAUUCACAACACCUCCAUGCUCCCCUCCACCUCCAAUCCAUUCCACCCCCUCAGCUUCCUCUUGCUCUUCUGGAUGCACUCAGACACCACGGUUAUCACCCACUGAGCUCUGGUUCAAUAACGUGUCCUUUUAUGUAAAUUAUUCUGGAUGUAGAUUGAGCUAUUAAAUGAAAAAGUAUUCUUGCAUGGUGAAUCCAAAACUGUAUACUGUAAAUUUGCAUAAUGUUGUCUAGAAGUACCAUAGGUUUAACAUGGGCUGAUCUUUCACUCAGCCUGGCCUAUCGAAGGCAGAAGCUGACUGGGUUAAUGUAGGGCACUAAACUGAUAAUUUAAUGACAGUGUCAUUUAUUAUUUGUCUUGAUUUAUUUUUGUCUAUUUUUUUAUUUAGUUAUAUAUAUAUAUAUUUUCCUUCCACUGUCUUAGUCUGUUUGUGCCUAGCUUGGAGACCUUUUAAGGGCAGAGAAAAAACAUAAUAUAGAAGUGGAAAGUUGCUUUGUCUAUGGGGCGUCAUCAGAAAUAUCCUGUAGCUUUGUUACAUCACUUCUGGAGUGUACUUGCCAUUCUCUUAUUGUGGAUUUAGAUAACAUUUAAUGGUUGCAUCUAAAAAACGUUUCAAAUGUUUUGUCUAGAAACCGUUGGGAAUAAAUCUUUGUACGCUUGUCAUGGAACGUCCUACUGAGAAGUACAAUCCCAGAGACACGACUUUACACUGUAAGAGAGAAUUAUGCUUAAUGAUUGGAGUGAAUUUGCAUCCAAAAAAAGCCAUUCUGCGUAGUGGGCAGCAAAAGUUUUCUUUUUUGCCCAAAAUCAGAGGUGAGCAUAGCUUUAGUAAGAUUUUGACCUUAAUGGUUGUCACUCAGGAGCACUUCAAACUAUAAAGCACCGUUAAUAUUGCCUCUACUUAGCACUUGAUUUGACAUUUGUUGGUACAAGUACAGCGCAAAUGAGCAAGGUUGUUUUUUUCCCGGGUGGAGAGAUGUCCUGAUACUUUUUUGAGUUGAUUUGUAUUUGAUUAUAUCAUGUUAGAUGGACGUUUAAUUCAUGUUGCCCUUACGGCAAUUGUGCUAUGAGUCAAGUUCAGAAAUACAUUUGAGACUAAAAUCACAAACCCUCAGUUGGACCUAAGAUACAAAGCAUGACAAGGGCUCAAAGUUUCUCUUUUUAGGGGAUGUGCAAAAAUCAGUCUUAAAAGAGUGGAUGCAAAAUAACCAUGGCGACUUUUGGGUUUAAAAUGAAAUAAAAAGUACACUUGCUACUGUGGGAAGCUCAAUCGUAUAUACCUAUAAGUGAAUAUAGAGCUAACGACUAAUCCCAGUCUGGUUUCUCUCUAUAGAUGAACUGUAUUGUAAAAGGAUCUUAAAACUUUGAAUCAUAGCAGAAGUUCUUAGUUUAUGUCAGGUUCCUAAAGAGCUAAGUGCCGGAGGCAGGUCCUUUGAAUAUCCGAAACACCACAAGGGUGCUCAAGCCAUUAUUGAGCGAUGUAUUCUCUAUUUAUCUUGCGAUCUGUUAAUAAAUGUGCAAAUAAAUACACAAUGGGAAAUGAUUUGAUAAGACCUAAACAUGGAGACGAGUCAUUCCGUAUCUUUUAAGGAAAAAUAAACUUGCUUUUGACAGUGUGGUAGGAAAAAAGGAAUUCAAUAAACUUGCACAUCCCUGCUAUUAUUAGAUCUUCGGUCAAAUCCUGAAGGUUUAAGCAAUGUAAGACUUGUUUAAAAAAAAAUGCAUAAAAACAGAUAUCAUUUAAAUUCGCCUUUCAUUCCAAUGCAAUUAUAUAAUAAAGAAUUUCACUGCUUAACCAUGCUAUUAUCAAGCGAUUUCCUGUUAUGUGUGUACUGGAUGUACCUGUUGCUGCUGAAAAUCUGAUAGUGUCUAGUCUGAGAUCUGUACCUGUUGACAUAGCACUGCUGCAUCAUGUAACAGUACUGAAGAAUGAGCUGUCUGGUGGGGCACGGUUUACCACGUUUGGCCCUUGGUCAUCCGAAAACCGGACAAAAAUUCUCUUAAUGUUCUCUAAAGGGAAUUAACAUACUUGCCUUGAUCAUUAAUAGUUUAAUGAAGAUCGACACCCUACCAGAUAGGUCAGCUGGCAUGCAAACUGUGUAUAGCUCAGUAUGUGGUUGUAAAGGCUGAUCUGUGUGCUUAUAUGAAGGAAGAUAAUCACUUUGUUUAUUCAAUAUGCUAUGGGAUUGUGGCAGACUGAGCAAUGCAAGGUAGAAAAGUGCCCGUAACAGGCGAAACCUGUUGUACUUUCAUAAUUUGGAAAAGAUUAAUAUUGGUCCCUCGGUCACUUAAUGGACUGAGGCUUUGCUGUGGUAUGAAGCAAAGGGGAUUCGGAAUACACCAAAGUGGGUAGUUGCUAUAAUCAGUAGCUAUAUGCUGUAAAAAAGUGGGUGACAUGAAAUAUUAUUACUUAAUCAUUUGUAUUUCAGUCACAUGCACAUUUCCACAGAUUCCAUAUUUGAAGAAAUUCCUGAAAAGCACUACUCUCUUAUAAUUGGCAUUCUUCAAGACUUCCAGGGCUAAAGUCUGAUACUAAGGACUAUCUUAAAACUGGACUCGCCUUUGUAAAACAGAUCAGUCUUUCUUGGUUUGACCGAACUGUGCAUGAGACGUCCUGACGUGUAAAGCAAAGAGAAAGUUUGCCAUUCGCAGGUCCCAAGCAAUCCCGCUGCUGUGCAUGGUGGAUGGGUUAAUAUACAGACAGACUUGAGAAUCUGUCUGUAGGUCCGUCCUCCAGCCACAGAUCUAUCAUGAGCUAAUGACUUCUGAAUAGAUUGGAGGCUACAGACUUCACAGCUUAAAUGGGACUCUUUGCUUUUUAUGGUAUCACUGUUCACACAGCCAAUUGUUAACAAUAUAUCUGGAUGUUAUUAUUGUUUGCAACAUAAUUAAAGAAAAAUAAUGAA